AUGGUCUCGCUGGUAGAAAAGGCGAAGAGCUUCGGCAAGCGCGUCAUCGGCCAACCCGAACACCCCGUCCCCGUCGUCUCCAUCAAGGACUGGGCGAGCAGCGUGACCUCCAGCCCUUCACGCGGAGCGCUGCGAUACGUAGAAAGUCUAUUCCCCAUCGUAGGAUGGAUCACACGAUACAACCUCGGGUGGCUGUACGGUGAUGUCGUCGCCGGCCUUACGGUCGGUAUUGUCGUCGUGCCUCAGAGCAUGUCGUAUGCUCAGAUUGCGACACUGCCUACCCAAUACGGUCUUUACUCUGCUUUCGUCGGUGUCCUCAUCUACUGCUUGUUCGCUACAUCCAAGGAUGUCUCUAUCGGUCCCGUCGCUGUCAUGUCCCUCACGGUCUCCCGGAUUAUCGCAACCGUCAACGAAAGUCACCCCGACCAAUGGCCCGGACACCAGAUUGCGACAACGGUGGCAUUCAUCUGCGGUUUCAUCGUGCUCGGCAUCGGUCUCCUUCGCCUCGGGUGGCUAGUCGAGUUCAUCCCUGCUCCCGCCGUUAGCGGUUUCAUGACGGGCUCCGCCAUCAACAUCGUCGCAGGCCAGGUCCCCGGUCUGCUCGGCGAGACUGGCUUCGACACUCGCGCUUCGACAUACAAGGUCAUCAUCAACUGCCUCAAGUUUCUCCCUGUCACGAAGAUGGACGCUGCCUUUGGUAUCACGGGACUUUUCUCCUUGUAUGCCAUUCGCAUCAUCUGCGACCAGCUAGCGAAGCGCUACCCUAGAAGACAGAGACUGUUCUUCUUCAUCUCUGUGUUCAGGAACGCAUUCGUCAUCGUGGUCUUGACGAUUGCCUCUUGGCUCUACUGUAGGCAUCGCAAGACUGCUGCUGGAAAGUACCCCAUCAAGAUCCUCCAGACUGUUCCUCGAGGCUUCCAGCAUGUCGGCCCUCCCGUCAUUGACCCUGAGCUCGUCUCCGCUAUGGCUGGCGAGCUCCCCGUUGCGACGAUCAUCCUGCUUCUGGAGCACAUCGCGAUCUCGAAGUCAUUCGGUCGUCUGAACGGCUACAAGAUCAACCCCAACCAGGAGCUCAUCGCCAUCGGUGUCACGAAUGCCAUCGGCACGGUCUUCGGUGCCUACCCCGCCACCGGCUCCUUCUCCCGCUCCGCGCUCAAGUCGAAGUCCGGUGUCCGUACCCCUGCUGCGGGUAUCCUCACUUCCGUCGUCGUUAUCGUCGCGCUCUACGGCCUCACCCCCGCCUUCUUCUGGAUCCCGAGCGCGGGCCUCUCCGCCGUCGUCAUCCACGCCGUCGCCGAUCUCGUCGCCUCGCCCCGCCAGGUGUUCGCUUUCUGGCGCGUGUCCCCGCUCGAGUUCAUCAUCUGGCUUGCUGCGGUGCUCGUCACCGUGUUCACGACGAUCGAGAACGGUAUCUACACCUCGAUCUGCGCGUCGCUCGCGCUGCUCCUCGUGCGCAUCGCGCACCCCCGCGGGUACUUCCUCGGCCGUGUCACGCUCCACGCGGAGAAGUCCGCCGUCCGCGAGGUGUUCGUGCCCCUCACCCAGCGCCCCGGCGUCUUGCACCCGGCCGUACGCGUCGAGCCGCCCCCGCCGGGCGUCAUCGUGUACCGCUUCGAGGAGAGUGCGCUGUACCCGAACAUCUCGCUGCUCAACGACGCGCUCGUCGACCACGUCAAGACGAACAUGCGCCGUGGGAGGGACAUGAGCAAGGUCAGCAUGAGCGACCGUCCAUGGAACGACCCUGGCCCGAGGCCUGGUCGCGACGAGAACGCCGACAACCUGGAGAAGCCUGUCCUGCACGCUAUCGUCCUGGACUUCUCUGGAGUUUCGCAUGUCGACACUACCGCAGUACAAGCUCUCAUUGACACGCGUAACGAGGUCGAGCGAUGGGCGGACAAGAAUGUCGAGUUCCAUUUCGCGACCAUCCUGUCGCCAUGGAUUCGUCGCGCGCUCGUCGCAGGCGGGUUCGGCACCGGCGCGCCCUCCUCGAGUUCGCCCGCCGAAAUCGCCCCUGUCGUUCCCUACCGCGGUGGUCGCCGUACGCUGCCCGAGAAGAACAAGGCGUCCGACAUCGAGGCGGUCGAGGAGAUCGCGGAGGAGACCGAGGGCCCUAUAGUCCCCCAGGACACCCCCUUCUUCCACUUCGACCUGAUCUCCGCCGUGCACGCGGCGGAGCGCGGCCUCUCCAUCCAGGACCGGUCUGUGCAGUCGAGCCUGCAUAAGAAGCCGUCGAUGUCGCAGACGGACGCCUCUGACUAGUGCUUGGGGCGAGUCCACCACCCUCCCUCUCACCCUCUGUUUCCCCUCUUUCCUGGUCUCUCCUCACGUCAUGUCACACUCUUACCCUCAUCAUGUACUCCGCCUCCCGUCCCCGCUCUCUGCGCCGUCACGGACUUGGUCUGUAGUCUAACGGCUGAAAAUAAUGACUCGCGCGUGUGUCCGCUAUGCUCGGAUAGAUCUACUGUGCUGCGUGUAAUUUUACCCCUGUACGAUCACCACGAUACCUACAACAAUGUCACGAUGCAAUCUCU